GUUUGUCCCAAAAUAGACUGAAGACAUAUAGUAAUAGGGGCUAAGGUUGAUAUAAAUCGGCUGAAUGAAUAUUGUAGGUUUGUGCUUUCCAUCUCUUUUCCAUCAUACUAUCAAUAAUCAAUGUCGACUGAGGAAGAGAACUCCGUAGAGGCGGCGGCAGUGGCUAGAAGGGAGAGGCUGCGAGCCCUCAGAGAAGCUCAACAACUUCUUCAAAACCCCGACGAUGAUAACAACAACAACAACUCUAACGAAGACGAAAAUGAUGUCCAAAUGAAGUUCCGGAAUUACCUGCCACACGACAAGCAGCUUCAAGAAGGCAAAGUCGCUCCGCCAGCACUCCCAAAGUUUGAAGACCCCAUUGCCGGCCUACCUCCUCCAGAAGAGAAGAAAGAGGAUCCAUUUCUAAACAUUGUCCCCAAGAAGCCAAAUUGGGACCUGCGGCGGGAUGUGCAAAAGAAACUUGACAAGCUUGAGAAACGCACCAUGAAGGCACUCACUCAACUUAUGGAGGAAGAACAAAAGAAGAGGAAAAUGGCUGAAGAGGAGGAUGCCGAAAAUGGUGAAUAUUAGAUGGAUGUGCACCAUUAAUUCGAAACACUGACCCGUUGCGGUUUUGGACAAGGCUGUGUGACUCUUUGUUUUAUUACAUCUAGUCUUUUUGGCUGAGAAACAUUGUAGUGAGUGUUGUGAAGAUCAUGAAUACAGGUGUUAAAUAUGUCCAGAAUGAACUGGUGAACUUUUGUUAAAUACGAGAAUCAUCAGAUCUUUUAUA